UAGUUUUAUUAAUCAAAAACACAGAAUGAGCUAUUUGGUAGCUUUUGUAGUAGGUUUAGUAGUAAUUCUUGUUACAAAGAUAUGGAAAGUGUUGUGGAAACCAUAUGCAUUGACAAAAAGGUUUGAGAAGCAAGGAAUCAAAGGCCCACCUUACAGGUUCAUCUAUGGUUCUAUCGAAGAAAUGAAGAAGCUUGUAAUUGCAGCAGCUGAUAUUGUUUUAGAUACAAAUUCUAAUGACAUUAAUCAGAAAGUCAUUCCCUAUUAUCAUAAAUGGUCCUCUCAAUACGGUGAGACAAUGUACUUUUGGUAUGGGAUGGAGGCAAGAAUGACGAUUACAGAUCCAGAGCUGAUUAAAGAAGUACUGUCCAACAAGUAUGGUUUCUAUGUCAGAUCUUCAGUAAGGCCCACCCUCAAGACUCUCGUUGGCAAACAAAGUUUGAUUUUUGUGGAAGGACAUGAUUGGCUCAGACAAAGAAAGCUACUCAAUCCCGCCUUUUCCAUUGACAAGCUAAAGAUUAUGACAAAGAAAAUGGCGGAUUGCACCAUUGCGAUGCUUGAAGGGUGGAAGAAUCAGCCUUUGGAAGCUUACAAGGAAACUCAGUGCAUGAAAAUAGAAAUGAGCCAAGAAUUUAUAAAGCUCACUUAUGAUAUAAUUGCUCACACUGCCUUUGGCAGUAGCUAUGGUCAAGGAAAAGAAGCUUUUAAUGCACAAAAGGAGCUUCAGAAAUGCUGUGUAGCUGCAAAUUCAGCCUUUUUCAUUCCUGGAAGCCAGUAUUUACCUACGCCAUCAAAUAUUCGGAUUUGGAAGCUAGACAGUUUGAUGAAGAGCACAUUAAGGGGAAUCAUAGAAAAAAGAUUGAGGUCAAAAGAUAGUACUAAAAAUUAUGGAGACGAUUUACUAGGUACAAUGAUAAAUGGAUAUUCAGAAAUUGCAGGUGAAACCAAAUUGAGUGUGAACGAAAUCUUGGAGAAUUGCAAAGCAUUCUUCUUUGCUGGGCAUGAGACUACUUCCAGUUUACUGACAUGGACAAUCUUCAUGUUGAGCUUACACCGAGAAUGGCAAGAAAGACUUAGAAUAGAAGUCUUAAAAGAAUGUUCAAUGGAAAUUCCUGAUGCUGACAUGUUAGCCAAGUUAAAAUGGAUGAAUAUGGUUCUUCUGGAGACAUUACGGCUGUACAGUCCAAUAAUAAAUCUUCUCAGGGUUCUAGUGAAAGAUACCAAAUUGGGAAAUUUGAUGAUCCCAAAAGGUACAUGUAUACAAAUUCCAGUGACAAAAGUUCACAGGAGCAAAGAAUAUUGGGGAGAAGAUGCAGAUGCAUUUAAUCCAUUUAGGUUUGGAAAUGGGGUCUCAAAGGCUGCGAAGCACCCAAAUGCUUUCAUCGGCUUUGGAAUGGGUCCGAGAGUUUGCAUUGGCCAGAGUUUUGCAAUGGUGGAAGCUAAGAUAGUGCUUGCUUUGAUUCUUCAAAGAUUUUCCCUUUCCCUCUCCCCUGAAUAUAAACACACUCCAAUUAAUCACAUUACAUUGCAUCCUCAAUACGGCCUACCCAUUAUUGUAAAACCUUUAUCUUAAUCUAAUUAGUUAUAAAAAAUUAUAGCUUAUCGCUAGCCAGAUGUGGUCUGGUUUGUGUUUUUAUUAGUUAAGUAGUGGAAGCUCAUGUUAUUCUAAUUGGGAAAUGUGACACAUUUGUUAUA